GGUGCUGUCUUCCCCCGUUCUCUGCGAAACAAACCAACGCCGAAGGCAGCCGCCCAUACCCUGUACUUCACGACUGCUGGAUCCAUCAUUUAGUGCCUACUGCUUCUGCUGCUGUCAACUCCCACGGAGAGAGAUGCGAAGAAAAGGCUAAUUUCUUGCGGAGGAUAUCAUGGCGAGGAAAGAAAUGAUAGCCUGGACAUCACCUCUCCAACCGCAGAUGCAGCAACGGCAGCAGCAACAGCCAGAGCCACCACCUUUCCCCGUAAAAAGUGGUUUUCUCAAGGGAAUGGGGAGAAUGGCUGUCGCAAACGCGAAGACGGCGCCCUCGAAACUGAGAUGUCGGAAGGUAGGUGCUCGGUGCCGGUUCGAGGGCUGCACUGGGCGUCCCUGGUUCGCACAGCCGGGCUCCCGAGUCCCAAAGGCAUGCAAGGCCCAUAAGGAAGAGGGGGAGGUCAACGUCUACGCGCCAGCCUGCGAAGCGGAUGGGUGUACGACGAGGCCGCACUACGGCGUGGACGGCGGGCGGGCGAAGUUCUGUUGCAAGCACAAGCUUGACGGGAUGGUGGAUGUGCUCAACAAACGCUGUGCGAAGAAAGGGUGCCGAAGGCAGCCGAGCUGGGCCAGAGAAAGGGCAGCUCGAGCUCUUUUCUGCAAGGAGCACAAAGAGGACGGCAUGGUGGACACAAAGCACAAGACGUGCUUACACCCGGGUUGCACACGGUUUCCCUCGAAAAGCGGUGCCGUUGCAACAACCGAGUCGCAACCCUCCGAGGAGAACACAAAAACAGCGGCGGGAGGGGCGGCAGCAACAGCGGCGGCCCACCCGGGACCAGCGAGGUACUGCGCCGCGCACGCUCCGGCGGGAGCGACGAACGUGACCGCUAACCGGUGCCGGCACCCCGGCGGCUGCUCCGUGCAGCCGUACUUUGGGCGGGAGGGAGGGGGGCAGCAGCCGGAGUUCUGCGCUCUGCACCGGAAGCCGGGGAUGACGGAUGUCCGGAACCCCAGGUGCGCCGCGGUGGGAUGUACGGCGCAACCCAGGUGCGGGCGGGAGGGGGACCCGCGCCCUUCGUUUUGCCUGCGCCACGCAGCGCCGGACAUGAUCAAUUUCAGGUCAGCAGGCUACCGAGACCGAGGAAAGGCGCCACCGCCGAAAAGGAGUAAGCUUGCGACAUCAUCUUCGGCCCCUUCGCGGUAAAACGUUUUACGGGGAUGGGUGGCCUCGAGUAUGGGGAAGAGAGAUCUUGACCUGGCACGGCGAAUGGCGGAGGGGGUAGGGAGAACAGUAGUAUACCUUGAUGACAGCAUGGCUGUGGUGUUAACGCUCCCGGCGUGAUGGCUGCACAAGCUUGGGGAAGGGAGAACAGUAGUUUACCUUGUUGAAAAACAGGGCGCAUUUGUCAUGAUUGUAAUGCCGUCGGGUUGAUGGAUGCACAAGCUUGGAGCUAGGUACGCCGUUUGGUUGGUCCGUUUCGAUUUUGUCGAGUUUUGUGCGGCGGCCGGCUGGCCGUCACUAAGCUGAGUUCAUGCUCGUGAGUAGUUUCUUUUUGCUUAUUUCGAUUUGGAAUCGUUUGAUCCAGUUUUAGCUGCCUGCCGUUUGCUUGAUGUUUUCGGGUGGAGUAACAGGCGUGCCCCGUCAUAUGUGUGCGCGUGUUUCGUUUUUGGUUGUUGUCCGUCAGUGGGCGGAGUAUGUCUUUUGCCCCUACCGAUUAUUGGGGGGAUCCCUUUGAGAGCCCCUCCGCCAUCGCGUGGAGUAUUCAAUUCUAGUGUAGCACGUGCUCAGCACCUCAGAGCUGCUUUAACCCACAGGGGUGUGUGCGUGCGAACACGUCAGCAAUGAGUCGUUCUACACAACCUUUAUUCAAUGUCGAACUGUCACCAACCACGACGCUCGGGAUGUGUUCGAUGUAUCUGGCGCAGCAAACAGGGAUAGUGGUCGUUUCCCCCCCGCGAGGUCAAUGGUUUAACGACU